AGGGAUCGCGGAGAUUGGACGUCGUCGUAGAUUCCAUCCCGUGGCCAUUUCCCCUUGCCCUGAGCUCAGGGAAGGGCAAGGCAGGCCUAAGGGAAAGAAGACAGUGACUUGGAGAGAUGGGAAGCAGCCAGCUCUGGGGACCGAAUAGAGUCAUGCGCACUUGGCAGCUUUGGCCUCUCUUGGUUUUCUGCACAGCGGCCAGUUUCAUCGAUGAAGCGAAGAAAAUCAUGGAGAACACCGCUCUCAUCGAUGGACACAACGACCUGCCAUGGCAGCUGCUGAAACAGUUUAACAACCGGCUCGAGCUGAAGGAAGCCAACCUGACUCUCCUGAACACCACACACACCAACAUCCCCAAGCUGAGGGAAGGCUUUGUCGGGGGGCAGUUCUGGUCUGCCUACGUGCCCUGUGAGACGCAGAACAAAGAUGCCGUGAAGAGGACCUUGGAGCAGAUCGACGUCAUCCAGCGUAUAUGCAGGAAAUAUCCGGAGACCUUCAAGUGUGCCACCAAGAGCUCUGACGUGAAGCAGGCCUUCCAGGAAAAGAAGGUGGCCAGUCUGAUUGGGGUGGAGGGCGGCCACUCCAUCGACAGCAGCUUCGGCGUCUUGCGGGCCCUGUAUCACCUGGGGAUGAGGUACAUGACCCUCACCCACAGCUGCAACACCCCCUGGGCUGACAACUGGCUGGUGGACACCGAGACUGACAAGCCUGAGAGCAAUGGCCUGUCGCCUUUCGGGCAGCGAGUGGUCAAGGAAAUGAACCGGCUGGGGGUGAUCAUCGACCUGGCCCACGUCUCCCUGAAGACCAUGCAAGAUGUGCUGAACAUAUCCCAGGCUCCCGUCAUCUUCAGUCACUCCUCUGCCUUCAGCAUCUGUGCCCACCGGCGAAACGUCCCCGAUGACGUCCUCAAACUGGUGAACGAGACCCAAAGCCUGGUGAUGGUGAACUUCUAUAAUGACUACGUGUCCUGCGGAGCUCAGGCAAAUCUGAUUCAUGUGGCAGACCAUCUGGACCACAUCAAGCGGAUUGCCGGCUCUGGAGCCGUGGGCUUUGGCGGAGACUACGAUGGUGUUACCAGACUCCCAGAAGGGCUAGAGGACGUCUCCAAGUAUCCAAACCUGAUCGCAGAGCUCCUCAGGAGGAACUGGACGGAGGAGGAAGUGAAGCAAGCUCUAGCCAAUAACCUGCUGAGGGUCUUCGAGAAGGUGGAGGAGGUGAGCAGACAGCUGUCAUUAGACAGCCCUGAAGAGGAACCCAUGGAAUACCAGAAGCUGGAAGGCCAGUGCAGGACCAGCUAUGGCUACUCGGUUUCUACUGGCUUCAGAUCCCUGCCCGGGAUCCUGCCCUCGACACUGGUUCUUGGUCUCCUUUACUUCCAGCUAGCCUGAUCCUGCUGCCACACGCUCUUCCCAGUCCCUCCUCAGAGGCCAGAGCCCGGGCCCCUGACAAGAACUGAGGCCCUCCCCCAAGUCAAGCUUCUCCUUUAUCCCAUCAACUCCAAGAUUGCCCCGUUCAACCCCACGUUCUGCCCUCUGGAAGGGGGAGAGUCCAACAAGUGGAAUGGCAUGGAUGCGCGCGAAGCAGCUGAAAGGAACCCGGGCUGGGCAAGUUGGAAACUCAAUAAAUUGGC